AUGGCCAAGAAACGAUCUGCCAAGGGCGCUCCCAAUGGCGCUCCCCAGCCCGCUCAAAAGCGCUCCAGGUCGGACGGCGCAAAUACGGCAGCCCCUAACAAACAACAGGCUCAGCAGCAAAAAGCCGCCACUAACAAACUCUUGGCGGACAAGCGCCUGUUCGUACAAGAGAUGAAGCAGGAGGACCACGAACGAGAAAGGGCCCUUUACAAGCUUCUCAGCAGCGCAGAUGUGGAAGACCGCAUCAAGGCCAGCAACGUUAUCAUAUCCUGUCUGCUUGGCAGUGGUGAUGAGAACAAGGGCGUUGACGAAAGUGUGCUGCGCCGACACCUGGAGCGGCGACUUUUCCGUGGUCUUGCUAGCGGUAGUGAUGCUGCCAGAGUCGGAUUCAGCUACGUUCUGGUCGAGCUUCUUCGACAGCUGGUUGGAGAAAAGAAUCUCGCCGAGUCUAGGUAUCCAAGCCUUGGAUUUGAUGUACUUCUGGAGAUGCUGGUGCAGAAAACGACUCCUGUCGGAAACGUUCCAGGCCAAGAGGAGCGCGACCAUCAAUGGGGCCGGUUGUUUGGUCUACGGUGCUUUGUGCAGGCCGAUGUGCUCUUCAAGGAGAAAUCGAGGUGGAAGGCUGUUCUAAAGAUGCUACUGCAGCUCGCAAAGAAGAAAGCCUGGCUACAGCCGCAGUGCGGUUUCGUCAUUGCGCAAGCAUUGCCGCUGAUGAAGCGUAAGCUUGCCGAAAAGACACUUGAGGAGAUUGUCGAGGCCGGUAUGGCUCGAUCUCCGGAAGGGCUUGGUAUCUGGAUAGCUGCUCAAGAUAUUUUCUCCGAUAUCAAAUUGCCCAAGCCAUGGCAGGACCCUCUGAGCACCAAGUCUCUCCAGGAUGUCGCUACAGUGCUCAAAGGGAGCACGCAGGAUACCUCAGACGAAGACGUGAAAGCAGCGAAGCCGUCAAUGACAUUGACGCAGCUGCAUUUUGCAUGGGAUCUCAUCCUGGCUCGGUUUAGGAAGCAGGAACAAAAAUCAAAAGAAUUCAAGACCUUUUGGGAUCGCGUCGUCGAUCAGUCUUUCUUUUCCAAGAGCGCGACUGACACGCAAAAGCUCGUUGGUUUCAAGGUCUUCCAAAAAGUUCUGGAAACUUGUCAAACAUCACCGAGCAUGAUCAGUGCCAUAUUCAGCCCACAUCUGAUGACGUGCCUCAUGAAUCAGGCUUCACAGGAAGGUAGACACAACAACCGCGCAGCGAUCAAAUCUUUGAAGGUCCUUGAGUCUACCGUCGAGCACCACCCACAAUUGCUGCCGACUAUAUUGCCGAGGUUGCUUGGCGAGAACGGCACAUACAAUUUCGACGAGAGAACCAAUAGCAAAACGGUUGACAAGAUUCUGCGUUUCACCCGUUUUGAGGACGGAACGACGGUUUUGGAUCUGCUGGAAACCCAUGUUAAGCAGUCACCUUCCAGCGACGAGGCAGAGAAGCAUUUGCGCAUAUAUGCCGACUAUGUAGCCAAACUCGCCACUGUGGGCACCACAUUGAAGGACUCGGACGAGCAAGACGAAGGAUCUGUCGGUGGUCUUGCUCUCCUGGAACUAGCCAAGCUAGCAUACUCGAGUUCAGAAUCUGGCUUGAGUGAGCAAACCAGGACAAGCCUCAGGGGCCGGCUCACUACAUCUUUCGCCAAGGUAAUUCGGCGUCCCGAGGAUUUUACAUAUCUGUGCGAUGCCAUUCUUGCUGUGGAUUCGGCGGCAAUCGAGAUGGAUGAAGAGAUUCAGGCUGAGCUUGCGGACGCUCUCGAAAGAUUGCAAGCGCUGGUGAAGCCCGCGGGCAGCAAACGAGCCGAGGCAUUGCAGGUGCCGCGGCAAGGUCUGGCACUGCUUCACGCCAUCGCAAUCCUUCAGCUGUAUAACGAAGACCCGGAUGCACUGGAGAUUUUGGCAGAUACAAAACAAUGCUAUGAAAAAUUGCAGGAAAAACAAGCAGCCAGUCAUGAUGGCUCGGGUUUGGCCGAGUUCCUCAUCGAGAUUCUGCUGUCGAUGAUUGCGCAGCCAUCUUCCUUGAUGCGGUCAGCUUCUGAGCUGGUUUUUGGCGCUUUCAGUCCUUUCAUGUCAGCCAAGGCGCUUGAGUUGCUAACAGACCCCCUUGCUGUCGAGGAGAAUGACCGCGGCCAGAAGGCAUUGUUCAACACUGCGGAAGACGAAGAGAUGGAUAUUGACGCUGAGGAAGGCAGCGGAGAUGACGAAGAGCUGGAUGGCCUCUCAGAGAUUGACUCAGAUGUAGAGUUCAUCGGCAUGGCCGAUGCGGGUGAAGAUGGAGAUGAUCAAGGUUCGGAGCAGAGCAGCGACGAUGAGGCGGAUGAAGCAGAUGAGGACGAUGGCGAUGAGAAUGACGACAUUCUUGCCAAUAUCCUUGGAACACAUCGUCUUGACAAGGACAACGAGGCCGACUCGGACGACGGAGACUCGGAUAUGACCGACUCAGAGAUGAUGGCGCUCGAUGGCAAAAUGGCGGAAUACUUCAAGCACCGAGUUAAGAAGAACAACAAGCGCAAGGACAAGAAAGAUGCCAAAGAGUCAGUCAUCAACUUCAAGCGGCGCAUUCUAGGCCUCAUCGACGUCUACGUCAAGAGGCAAGCGCCGGCGGGUAACACGGUCGCUUUCGAAUUGCUGCUGCCUCUUCUUCACUUCAUGCGCACUACCAGCAGCAAGGAGCUGUCUGACAAGGCGUGUGGCGUCUUGCUGGACUUUGCAAAGUACAGAAAGAAGAAAAAUAAGAAACCUGAUGCAGAGGACGACGAGAAGCUCGAUGUUGAGCGGCUUCUCGAACGGCUGGAAGGGAUUCACGAAGAAGCGGCUAAGUAUCCUUCUCAUGCGUUUGCGAAGGCCGUCUCGGCGGCCAGUCUUGCAAUCGCAACCGCGCUGUAUAGCGCCAACCCGAAGAAUUACAAAAAGGUCGCCCGUGUCUACGAGAAGUCCCGUGCGGAGUGGGUGGAAGGCAAACCCAUUCAGCAGUCUUUCUUUGGAGACUGGAACAACUGGUGCCAGUCGAUUUCCCAGGCGAACGUACAUGCUACUAGAGAGCACCAACAGGACGAUGCCUCCAAGGCCCCGCAGGCCUAG